AUGUAUUCAUCUGAUCAAAUGCCAUGUUCUAUGUUCUCUCUUAUUGCAGCUCAAAUUACUAGAUAUAUGAAAGAGGUCCAAGCCAAGAAUCACACAGAAGUAACAGAAUUUAUUCUCUUAGGACUCUUGGACAAUUCAGAUCUACAGGCUGUCCUCUUUGGAUUGUUUCUGUUGAUCUAUGUAGCAACCAUGGUGGGUAAUUUGGGGAUGAUUGUGUUAAUUAAGAUUGAUCUCAGUCUCCACACCCCCAUGUACUUCUUUCUCAGCAGCCUCUCCUUUGUUGAUGCCUCUUACUCUUCUUCUGUCAUUCCUAAGAUGCUGGUGAACCUUGUGGCUGAGAAUAAGGCCAUUUCUUUUAAUGGGUGUGCUGCCCAGUUCUACUUCUUUGGCUCCUUCCUGGGGACUGAAUGCUUCCUGUUAGCCAUGAUGGCAUAUGACCGCUACACAGCCAUUUGGAACCCUCUGCUCUAUCCAGUUCUCAUCUCUGGGAGAAUUUGCUGCUUCCUAGUAGCUGCCUCAUUCCUAGCAGGCUUUGGGAAUGCAGCCAUACACACAGGAAUGACUUUCAGAUUGUCCUUUUGUGGAUCCAAUAAGAUCAACCAUUUCUACUGUGAUACUCCACCCCUGCUCAAACUGUCUUGCUCUGACACUCACAUCAAUGGCAUUGUGAUCAUGGCUUUCUCCAGUUUUAUUGUUGUCAGCUGUGUUGUGGUUGUCCUUAUUUCAUACCUGUGCAUCCUCAUUGCCAUCCUGAGGAUGCCCUCAUUAGAGAGCAGACACAAAGCCUUCUCCACAUGUGCCUCUCACCUUAUGGCUGUCACCAUAUUCUUUGGGACAAUUCUCUUCAUGUACUUGCGUUCCAUGUCUAGCUACUCAAUGGAGCAGGACAAGAUUGUCUCUGUCUUUUAUACAGUAGUGAUCCCUAUGCUAAAUCCUCUUAUCUACAGUUUGAAAAAUAAGGAUGUGAAAGAGGCCCUAAAGAAGAUCUUACAGAAAGAGAUACUCUAA